ACUCCGGUGCAGGGUGCAUUUUCAUUAUUCUCGGUCCCUUGGAGGCGUGACGUCUUGACCUGCUAGGCUCCACCGUCGCCGACGAUUCUGGACGGCUGCAUGAUGCUAACGCCAGAGUUCCAGGACAAGGAGGGUGCGCAGCUGAGAUCGGACGGUGAAUCCGGGAUGGUGGCCAAAUUCCCGUAUUUCUCGCCAGGCGCCUUGGGCCUAGGGGACUUUACUUACAGUAGUAGGUAUCUUCUGUCGACGUUCAGCGCAGGAGGAAUCUCAAUGGAUGGAGGACUGUACGUAUGCCUACUUGUGCCAUACGAUCGGGAUUUCGCGUCUGCAAGAGAAAAGUCGCCGGACAUCGCCAUCCAUCCAUCCUGCAUGCGCCCAGUGGGAGUCAUAAUUAUUAUUAUUAUUUUUUCGUCCUUUUUGGUUUUGUUUAACCUGUGGCAGCGCAUCCAUCCUCCAACUGCAUUUUCUUUUUAUUUCUUUCUUUUCGUUUAUUUUUUUUUUUCGCUUUACUUUUAUUUACUCGGUUUUAAACAUGAUGAUAAUUAUUUUUUUUAGACCCGAAUGAAAUUUUGUUUCCACGAUAAUAAU